AUGGUUGAUGAAUUGCGUGAUGCACAAUCAUUUAAUUUCAAGGUGAGUUCACCAAAUGAUUAUUUCAUUUUUAAAGCGCAACAAUUUUUCAAUUUUACUAUUUGCAGAAUCUGAUCGAUGAAGUUGAUAUGAUCAAUUCGAAGAAAAAUCAAGAAGAAGCGGAUCAGAAAAUUUGUGAUAAUCAAGCAGUUAACCAACAACUUGUCGAUUUACGCGAAAAAUUUGAUGAUAUGAAAUUGAAAAUGGAUGAAAAAGACGCGGAAAUUCGCCGUAUUCAAGACGAAUUCAAUGGAAAAAUAUCAAAAAUCGAAACAAAGCCUAAUCCAGAAACAGCUUUGAAUAUGACCAAUUCUUCUUCUCUAACCGGUGAAGUUGAUAUUAUCAAUUCGAAGAAAAUGCUGACAUAAGUCAAAUCAGUAGCUUCAGUUCUCAACAAAAUAUUGAAAAGCUUGGAAUCGACUGGUUCAAAUAAUAGAGAUGUUUCGUCUGACGAAGGCGAAACGAGUAUCAAUGAAUAUAAUGAACAUCUUAUGCAUUUAUGUGAAAAUUUGUCUGAAUAUUUCACUGUUGUCCAAGGCGACGAAUCAUCCUCAAAUCGACUGGAAACUCAAAGAAUUUCUGAUGAGACCGAUUGUUUCCGACCAAUCGCGUCUUCAACGACUUCGUCUACCUCGCAAGAAUCGUCUUCGGUUUCAGUCAGUUUGAAAACGCCACAAGAUUGCCAGCAAUUUUCCAUGGAAGUGUCAGCAUUUUUAGAAAAAUCCAAUGUUAAUGGUGGAAUUCCGGUGGAGUUGUUCGAGAAGGACGUUGUUUUGCACCAGAAGAGAGUUUCAAAGACCGUCUAUAAUCAUGUUGUAACGUGAGUUUGGUCAAAUUAUGCAGUAAAAUGUUUACCAUCUUUCAGUUAUUGGCCAACUAUUCCGGAGUCUGCCAGAAGAAAAUUUUGUCAAAUAUCUUCAUUUUUUUGGAAUUAA